AUGCCACCUCCUUCAUUGUCAAAGCGGAUUGAAAAGAUUCAAGGUAUCAGGUUAGCAGGCAAUAAUCCAAAAGCAGCCUGGGACAUUGCAAUUGAAUACUCUGAUCAGUUCCCAAAUGGCACAAUUACCGCAAUCACCCCGCACCUGAGCCAUCCGUCAAAUACAGACCACGACCCUCCUCUGGCGCUCCCAACUCUGACACAUCCACACAUCCACCUCGAUAAAGCCUUUGUCCACAGCGCUCGCGAAUAUGCACAUCUUCUUCCAUCAAAAGGCUCAUUCCAGGAAGCGCUGUCCUUCACCACCCAAGCCAAGACGCAAUUCAAACAUGCCGAUCUGACACGGAGAGGAGAAUGGCUGCUCGCCGAGUCUGUCUCCGCUGGCGUUACGGCGAUGAGAGCUUUCGUGGAGGUGGAUCAGACGGUAGGCUUGACUUGUCUUGAAGUCGGCCUCGAGCUCAAAGACCGGUGGAAAGACUGCUGUACUGUUCAGAUCGUCUGUUUCGCUCAGGACCCCAUCUUCUCCGGCGAGCAUGGUGACGAGAACCACCGCCUUAUCAACGAGGCCCUGGAGCGCUAUCCGCAGAUAGAUGUCAUUGGAACCACACCGUACGUCGAGUCGAACAUAGACGCUGCAAAGCGAAACAUUGACUGGGCCAUUGAGCGCGCUAUGGAACUUGGCAAGCACGUCGACUUUCACCUGGACUACAACCUUGACCCUAACAAGGAGGCUCUCAUUUGGUAUGUUGUACAGACACUUCAACGAAAAAAGUGGACUGCCGCCUCGACCAGCAAGCGAAUCACGCUAGGCCACUGCACUCGACUCACACUCUUCACCGAGGAGGAAUGGGGCAACCUGGCCAAGGAGAUCAGCCAGAAUGAUCUUCCUGUGAGCUUCGUCGGACUACCAACAAGUGAUAUGUACAUGGCCUCGCCGAACCUUGCGGCCAAUGAUCCACCCCAUGACCGACCACGAGGAACUUUGCAAAUCCCAGAGAUGAUUCGAAAGCAUGGUCUAGACGCCGCCAUCGGGGUCAACAAUGUCGGGAACGCGUUCACUCCGUGGGGCUCCGCGGACCCUCUCUGCCUGGCUUGUCUAGGUGUGGGCGUCUAUCAGGCUGGAACACAGCAGGAUGCAGAACUAUUGUAUGAAUGUGUUUCGACGCGUGCGCGGGCUGCGAUUGGGCUCCCGUGUGGCAGGCAGGGAUCGGAUCUGACGCUGAGGGAAGGCGACCAGCCUGAUUUGCUCUUGAUCUACAACGUGGAUGAUACCGGAUGCAACGUGUCAAGGUCCAGGAAAAGCGUUGCAGAGGUGGUAUGGGACCCGCCAGCGAAGGUAUGCAGGCAUAUUGUCUCGAAUGGCCGUCUGAAGAUGCCAUCGGCUGCUACGCCUUCGGAAACCGCAUGUUAUUCAUUCAAGACGUAG